UGCAGUUAACAACUACCGCUAACCCAACUUGCCGACAGGCGCUUUGCGAGAUACAGUGGGAAUUUUGGUAAUAUUAUGGCAUCGGAAACCCUGAAAACGCGUGCCAUUUCUGCGUUUAAUCGGUUGGUGCUGGGAAGCAGCUUCCGAGUCCUUAAUUAGUGAAGUCAGAGGGCCGGACAAUGCUAACUAGUUAGCCCGGGGUUGUUGCUAACUGGCUAAGGAAGUUAGCCGGUUAGCUAGCAAGCCGCGUCAGCUUGCCGGAGGCUGAUUUUCUUGUUUGGCGCAUUUCAAGCCUAUUCACCGACCUCUAACUGUUAAACCGCCCCUUAAACGAAAACUUUAGAUUGUAGCUUUACCAAUGUCAAAUAUAAAAUACUGAAACUUCCAUAUUCCGCUUUUAGAAUGAAGAGUCAACAGUGUUUUACCUAAGCGGCUGGUUUUCUGCAAACGCUGCUCUUUUGUUUUGACAAAGGAAGAGGACCUGAGUUUUAUUUUUUUAACACCAGUUCACAUCUGGUGCUGGAACAGUUUCUUUGGGUAUUUCUUUUGUUGUUAUUUUGGCAAUGGCUCCGCAGAAGCACAGCUCCUCAGGUGGAAGCCACCCAGUGGGUUUUGGUUCUGGGGGAAAAGCCAACGGGUUGUACCAGUCGUCCUCCUCUGCGAUGGCUGUAGCCAAGAAGCCCAACAUGCAACUCAUUCAAGCCGACCACGAGUUGUUCCUGCAGGCCUUCGAGAAGCCAACCCAAAUCUACAGGUUCCUCCGCACCAGGAACUUGAUAGCUCCUAUAUUCUUGCACAGGACACUCACCUAUAUGUCCCAUAGAAACUCAAGGAAUAACGUCAAAAGGAAAAGCUCCAAGGUUGACAAUCUGUUGUUCAAAGUGGAGAAAAUGAGAGGCGAACAGGAGAGUCACAGCUUGGCCUCUAAUCUGCAGCUCACCUUUACUGGCUUCUUUCAUAAAGCUGGAAAGCCAUCUCAGGACAGUGAGAAUGAGCAGAACUCUGUAUCUCUGGAAGUGCUGCUGGUCAAAGUCUGUCACAAAAAGAGGAAGGAUGUGAGCUGUCCGGUGAAGCAGGUCCCCACAGGGAAGAAGCAGGUUCCUCUGAAUCCAGACACAAGCACCGGAGUCCAGGCCAAGGCGGGCUCCUUCCCCUCUCUGCUGGUUCCCAGCAGUGAGUUUGAACCCAGCAACUCUCACAUGGUCAAGUCCUACUCCCUGCUCUUCAGAGUGUCGAGGCCUGGAUACCCCCGAACACAGAUCAACGGCCUGGCCAAUGGAGAGAAUCACCACAACAGAGAUUUUACAGAGGAAGUGGUAAACAGGAAGAGGAGGAGCUCCUCACUCCGGGAGGAGGGAGAAACCACAUUUGUGGCUCAGAUGACUGUCUUUGAUAAAAACAGACGUCUGCAGCUGUUAGAUGGGGAGUACGAGGUGUCUAUGCAAGAGAUGGAGGAGUGUCCGGUCAAUAAAAAGAGGGCAACUUGGGAGACCAUCCUGGAUGGAAAGUGUUUACCUCCGUUUGAGAGUUUCUCUCAGGGUCCCACCCUGCAGUUCACCCUGCGCUGGACCAGCGACUCCUCUGAUCGCUCCACAGCACCUGUGGCCAAACCUUUGGCCACCCGCAAUUCUGAGACCAACCAGGACACCAGACCUAGCACCCUGAGAGCCAUGCACACUCUGGCUGUUAAAGAGUCCAUAAAUGCUGACAUGCAAACCAGACGAGAACAAAUCUCCACUGAGCCACGACAGAAGCUACGCAUCUUCUAUCAGUUUCAGUACAACAACAACACACGGCAGCAGACGGAGGCCAGAGACGACCUCCACUGUCCCUGGUGUACCCUCAACUGCAGGAAGCUCUACAGUUUGAUCAAACACCUUAAACUGUCUCACUCCCGCUUCAUCUUCAACUACGUGCCUCAUCCUAAAGGAGCGAAGAUCGAGGUCUCCAUCAACGAGUGUUAUGAUGGUUCAUAUGCAGGAAACCCUCAGGACAUCCACAGCCAGCCGGGCUUUGCUUUCAGCAGGAACGGCCCGGUCAAGAGGACCACUGUCACCCACAUUGUUGUCUGCAGACCCAAGAGGACGAAGGCGAGUCUGUCUGAGUUCCUGGAGCCGGAGGAAGGUGAUCAGGAGCAGCCGAUCAUCAGCGGACACAACCGCCUCUACUUCCACAGCGACAGCUGCGUGCCGCUCCGGCCUCAGGAGAUGGAAGUGGACAGCGAGGACGAGAGGGACCCUGACUGGCUUAAAGAGAAAACUGUCAAGCAAAUCGAGGAGUUCACUGAUGUCAACGAGGGAGAGAAGGAGAUCAUGAAGCUCUGGAACCUCCACGUCAUGAAGCAUGGCUUCAUAGCAGACAACCAGAUGAAUGAGGCCUGCCUGCUGUUUGCUGAUCACUACGGCAUCCACAUAGUCAAAAACAGCCUCUGUCGCAACUUCCUGCUGCACCUGAUCAGCAUGCAUGACUUCAACCUGGUCAACACGCAGACCAUCGACCAAGCCAUGGCUCGCCUCCGCCUCCUGCAGAGCCAGGGCGCUCACAGGGACAAAGACAGGGCGGAGGAGGAGGAGGAAGAAGAGGAAGAGGAGGACUGGGAGACAGCCGUGGAGUCCCAGCCAGAGCUGGACCCAGAUCCUGAUCUUGAUCCAUCUGAGUACACACCCUGUAACGACGAGACUAGCUACAGCUGCCUGGAGAGUGACAACCAGCAGAGGGAGGAGGAUCUGUGACAGAGAGGCUGACCUCCCAACAGAAACUCUUCAGCUCUGGUUUCGAUUUUAAACUGAAUUUAAAACUCUGAGCAAAGAUCCCCAAACAGGAAAAUGGAGGCCAGAAUCUCCUAAAAGGCGACAGACAAACAGGUGUUAAAACACACACGAGUUACUGCAGGGAUUAUGUUUUCAAGGGCAGGUUACAUCACACACAAGAUGAACUUUUAGGUUUUUCAUUUACAUCAAAGAGGUGCUUCAUGGUGUCAUUUUAUUACCUGAGAAAGUGAGGAGUUCAGAAAAACUUGAAGCUGAGAACCAUCACCAUUUUCUUGUUAUUUUAUGUCAUACGUCAUUUUAUGUCCUGACAGAUACCGUAAUGUGACAGUGUUGUAGCUCUCAAUCAGUUACCUGCAUUCUUUCAUUUCCUACCCACUUAGAUUCACAUCAAAACUUUGAAGCGAGCACAAAACAUUUUCAGCCUUUUGUCUGGAUAUGUUUGGAUCUUAGCCUGUAGUUUGAUGACCAGUCAUUCAUUUUGGGCUCAAUCUGUCGUUAAGUUAUCAGACCCCUCUAUCGUCUUCCUCGGUGUAAAGCACCAAUCAUUGACUCUCUAGCCACCCUCAGCUCCACCAAAGGUUUUCUUUUGUACUGAGUGUGUUUACGUGUACAUUAGUGUCAAGGUCAUGGGUCAGAGAUGUCAGAUCAGGUCUGUGAUCGAGUGUCCAGGACUCUUAUUGGUUCUCCAGGUGUUUAAUCUGGUUUCUAUGUCUCAUCGAAUCCCGAGGACUGGGAUUAUGUCUCCAGGGGUCAGAUGCAUAAAACAACUAAAACUGUGUGUACGCACAAAGGCAGAAAUGUACAUUUGCAUUCUUUUCAUCAGAUUUAUAGAGCUGUGUGUGCACCUGGUUGUUUGUUUUUUAUCAGUCUCAAUCACUGUGGCGCAGGGUGCACCUGCACGAGCAUCAUUUAUGCACCCACAGUUUGCCAUAAAUGGAUGUAGAAACACCCUUAAACAUCUGUUUGCAUAUUGAUACUUGAGUUUUUUGUCUCAUAUUUAAACUCGUCCUUACCACCUUACCAGCAGCUAUCUCAUCAAAAACCAAGUGUAUGCCUGGUCUGAAGAAUGCCUGAGGUACAUUCCUCUGUUAUAAAUACUAGUUUUGUGUGGGAGAAGGCGUAUGCAUUGAUUUUGAGAGCACACAUUGUUUGCUGCAUCUGGCCCCAGGUGUCUGAGACAGUUUCCAGCACUGCUGUUGGUUCUCUGGGUGUCUAAUCUGGUUUCUGAUGAAGUCUUCAGGUCUCUAGUAAGGUGUCCGGGUCUCUGAUCUGGUGUCCAGAUGUCUUAUCGGCUCUCCAUCUUCACAUCUCUCUACGGUCUCUGUCAUCUCUGAUAUCCCUCAUAUGGUCACAGUUGUAUUAAUAUUUAUGAUGAUGUUUAUAUUUCUAAGUACUUGAGUCCAACACGGACUUGCUCAGACAGCUUGGAUCACAGUCCUGGAUCAGUGCAGUUUCUACUACUGGUGCUAGACAUUUUCACUCCUCAGAAACACUCUCGGGUUAUUUGGAAGCAUCUCAGCUGCUUUCUCACAGCGACCUCGACUGCCAGCACUCUAACACCAAGAUGCAUUGUUGCUUUUUGUAAAAAGACUUGUUGUUUUCCUGCAGCGCUCCUCAUCACACAGCUCUGCCCCGCUUAGCCCAGGACAGUGUGUUGGCAACAUAAGCAUAAGUGUGUCCUUUUGUGAAGUCGGUCAAGAAGAGUAGAUCGUCCAUGUUGGGGAGAAGAGGCAGGUUCAGUUCUCAGAAUUUUUGAGUAGUCAGUCGACAGAUUAUCUAAACAGUUACUGAUGACUCUUUUGAACCGUUAACCCGGGUGCUGAUUCCACUCUCUUUAAUGAGCAAAGUUGCUGCUUUUGUUUCAUGUUUUGGGACUGUUGCUCACACACGAGGGCUGUGGGAACUGAACUGCUGUUGUGCAUUUUCCCUUCAUUUAUCAUCUUAAUAUUGAUUUAGAAACUUUAAUAGCUGCUGGCCACCUUCAGAGGAGGCAGAGCCUGAGACAGCACACAGGUGAAGCCAUCAACAUUAACUGAAGCUCAACAAGUUGUCAGUGUUUAUUUUUUGUGUCAUUUCUCAGCUGGGUUUUGGUUCAUUUGUCCUUCUACCGUUAUGUACAUAAGACUCAGUGAAACUGUAAUAAUUUAGCUUUGGAAAACAGUUGUUUGGAAACCUAAAGGUGACCAGGGAGGUUUUGUAGUUACUUAGUUGACACACCAAAGGGGAUGAAUUUGCUGCAGAUUUCUCCACUCGUUUCUCCUGUGAACAUUUUCUUUUUGUACAAACAAACAAAAAAAAACAGCACCUGACCCCGUUUCGCUGCCUUGAAAUAAUCUCAAGUUUCAGUGAGACAGAAAGCACAAUGUCCAGAUGCUGAUUUCAGUUUCCUGCUCCGUGUUGAACAGAUUGUAUGCAGUAUGAGCCUGCAGCAGUCAGGACUGGCAUUGAUGCACCGACGCAGAAAUAAUUUGAGGUUUGAUGUGAAGAGUUGCAUUUAUUUGUGACCUUGCUCUUUAAAAGCUUUACAUCAGAAAUGCGGCAGAAAUCUGGUGUGCGGUGGGUGUUCAGAGGCGUUUGGUUCACAUGUGACACUUCUGAGUCACAUGCAGAGCACUUUUUGUUUUGGAUAAAGCCCGCUGUAGAUUUUUUUUUUGUUUUGUUCACUCACAUGAGACCAGCAGCAUUUUGCACAAGAUGAGAGGAGCCAUGUCAAGAGAGCAAGACUUUUCUUCAACAGUUAUGUAAAAACCAGCUUGAUGUUAUGAACUUUCUAAGUCGAGUCAGAAUGGUUUUCUAUUAAAAGAACAAUUUUGUACAAUUAUUGACAACAUGGUCCAUUUCUUUCACUGACAUUAAGCUUCAUUGUGUGUGCACACAAACACAAAAGGGGAUGAAUUAUCAGUUGUUUUAAUUACUUGAUUCAACACAACAAACUCGAGUAAAGCUUUGUGACGUCUACUUCCAAUGUAGUAGCACCAUAACUGAAGUCACAACAUGUGGCUGCAUUUCUGCCUACUGUAAAAGUUUACUUAUAAUCCUUAUUAAGUCAAACUCUGUAGAAAAGUAAUCUGUUGACACAAUUUGACCUUUAUUGAACAAAAUAUCCAAGAUAACAGCAUUGAAACAAAUACCAGCAGAUGUCACCGUUUUCACUGUCAAAACAUUUAGAAACACAGUUUGCUUCAGUGUGUUUCAGACACCAGUUCACUCUCCUUCAGGCAGGAAAAAGAUACAGUAAGACUUCUGUUCACUGGUUUCAGGAAAUCUGUACCAUCAACUGGACCCAUCCAGUGUCCUCCACAAAGACAAAGCACUGACCUCAGAGCAGCUGAGAACGGGAAAAGGACACAUCUCUGAAGAAUGUUGGUUAACAGUCCACUGUGUGUGCAGGACGAACAUCCACUGAUACUGUCAUUUAAAAUUGGCACAAGGAGAAAACAUCCACAUGGAUUUAACAAAAUCAGAAAAGCUGAUAUGUUGUCAAGACAUUAAAACUGUUAGAAAUUGGAACAUGUUUUUCAAUAACUGUUAACGUUGCAGCAUCAUUGUUGAAGGCCUUCACUCCACCAGACGGACCAAAGAUAAAGAAUAAAACUGACGGCAGUAUACAUUCGUGAAAGUCACAUAAAUAAUGGCAGACAGCCAUGAUGGAUCAUCCUGAUGUACCAGAGUCAGAGACGUUCUAAUCCUAGACAGUAUGUGAUGCCACGACAGAAUAACAUCUUUGUUGUUAGAGGAAUAGUUCACAGAUUCUGGGGAAAUACACAAAUUUGUUUUCUUGCUAAGAGUGAGAUGAGACGAUUGACACCAUGUUUGUGAGCUGGAGCCUGCAGGCGAUUAGCUUAGCUUAGCUUAGCUUAGCUUAGCAUAGAGAGUGGAAACGGGGGGAAACAGCUAGCCUGGUUCUGUACGAAGUUUAAAAGAGACGACACAUCUUGUUUAUUUUAUUCGCACAACAACAGGGAUGUAAAAACAAUCUGGGGUUUUACAUGAAAGUGUUUAUUGUCUGCCAAUGGCCAAAAGCAGCGACAUCCCAAAAUGUCAAACUAUUCCUUUAAAACAGAAUGCCUCUAUCAUGAGACUUAAUUGCUGAAAUUAGUCAAUUAACUGAUCACUGAUUAAUCAGAGUACUUUUUCAUACAAAAAUGUCAAAUACUCUCUGUAACAGCUCUCUCAGACGUCUCUGUUUAUAUCACUAUUAAUAGAAUAUUUGGGGUUUAUUUGACUGUUGGAUGGACAAAAUAGGACACUGUUGGUUAUACACAUUUAAAAUGUUCCACAAAAUUAAUCUAAACCCAAAAAGAAGAACUACAACUUCCUGUUUGAUCUGAAACUUUAUCCAUGUUAUUCUGUUUUCAGGUCAAACAUCUUUCUAAACAAUAUUUUGUGUCAUCACCUUGACAGAAGAGGUUAACUCAGGUCCUCACAUUAAUUAACAGCAGCCACGUUCAGUAAUGAUGAGUCAGACUGUGUAAACUAGACCACGAGGCUGAUUAGUUCCUCACAGGUUGAUCGAUAACCAUCAAAUCAUACAUACAGCUAACACGCUAACUCUCAUCCUCCCACUGCUGCGGCAGGUUGUGUGAAUACUGUUAGGAUUGUCAAUGCAAAAAGCUAAAAUUAUUCAAAGUAACAGCUCGAUUAUUUUAAAGGUGACAGUUCAGCCAAAAAACACAGCUCAGCCUGUAGCUAAGUCUGACGCUAACAACUGAAAAACUCAAAAACAACGUCUCUUUCCAAAUGUAAUCACUCAUAUUUUCCACUAUUAACAAAUACAACUUGACGACUUUGUUCCGUUAAGAUGAUGACGUACUUUUGUCACAAUCUAAAGAUAAAUAUAAAAUAACAGGGUGACUGUUGAGAGGCCCUGUGUCAUGACAUUUGAAGAGACACUGCUUUCAGUUUCAGAGUUGAGUUUUGGGAGCAACAAGCAGCACAAAACUUGUCCCAGCAAGACGUAAAUAUCUGAAAUUUUCAGCCUCUGCUCUUAUUGUCAACAGUCACUUUUUUUUUUUUUAACACCCAUUUCUCAGGCUUCUGAUUGGCUCAGAGGUAAGGUGUGUCACAGUGCCACAUGCUUGUAAGCAAGCUGAAGUAUGACGAUGUGAAAAUAAUAUAUUACCAGGUAAAUUCAGGAGACAAAACAGCAACUUUUGUUUCAGAGCAAAGAGACAAACGCAGCCGUAUUUUGUGAGACGAGGUGGCUUCAUGUGCUGUCACUGUGGUUCUCCGAACCUCUGAGAGGUUCACCCCAAAACUCCAGACAGACAGAUAACACUCAGGCUGGUUUGUGUUUUUGGUGAACUGUCCCUUUAAACUUCUGAUGAACAAGUUUAGAAGGCAAAGAAAAAUACAAAAGGAGGUGUGAUUUUCACAGUGACAGGUUAUUUUUAAAAUAAACAAAUAAAAAAAAAUAGCAGCAGCUUUGGCAGAUUGUAACGUUUCUGUCUGCUCUCCUGCUGCUCCCAAAAGAACAAACAAAAGAUAAAAACUAAACUAUUAUCUUGUGGCCUCCUAAGAACAGUGUGUGUCCUGGCUAGCUGUGGUUUACAUCUACAGGGUGUCAAACUGUUACUAAAUUAAGACAA